GGAGCAGAGGAGCAGAGGAGCAGUAACAGUAACAGUAACAGUGACCCAGGAGGAGCAGGAGGAGCACAGUCAUGGGGAAGCUUCAGGAAUUCGACAUCACUUUCGCCAACAACAAGGUGGUUUACGGUUCCGGAGAGUCCGUGAGCGGAACCGUGAAGAUCCGGACCUGCACUUCUGUGCCGUACAAAGCGAUCAAGGUGAGCUGUCAAGGCUCGUGUGGAAUCUCCAACAAAGUGAACGAGACGUCGUGGAGCGUGGAGGAGCAGUACUUCAACAGAACGCUGUCUGUGGCUGACAGAGGAACGCUGACGGCAGGCGAACACAGUUUCCCGUUCCAGUUUCUCAUUCCAGCUGCUGUCCCGACUUCCUUCGAGGGACCGUUUGGGAAGAUUUCUUACCGCGUGGUGGCAACCAUCGACACGCGGCGCUUCUCUAAGGACUACAAAAUCAAGAAACCCUUCUAUCUACUCAACCUGCUCAACCUCAACGAGGUGCCGGACGUUGAACAACCGAACUGUGCGGUGACGACAAAGAAGUUCAGCUACCUCCUGGUGAAGACGGGGACGCUGAUGCUGAGAGCUCGCAGUGACCUGAGGGGCUACGUUCCUGGUCAGGUCAUCAAGUUAGCGACUGAGAUCCACAACAAGUCUGGGAAGGACACGGGAUGUGUACUGGCCAGUCUCAUACAGAAAGUGACCUACAAGACCAAGCGACCCUUGUUUGACCUGCGGACCAUCGCUGAGGUGGAAGGAGCCGGAGUGAAAGGAGGAAAACACGCAGAGUGGAGGGAGCAGAUCAUCGUCCCUCCUCUUCCUCAGUCAGCGUUAGCCGGCUGUAGCCUCAUAGACAUCGACUAUUUCAUCCAGGUGUCGCUAAAAUCUCCAGACGCAGUCGUCACUCUGCCCAUUUACAUCGGCAACAUCGCUGUGAACUUGUCUCCGUCGAGGACUAUCCCCUCCACUCCAGACCACUGCGGUGCCGCGGGGGUGACACCCAGUGCCCCGCCGGUGGAGGAGGAGCCAGUGGAGGGCGCAGGUGGCAUGGUCAGUGAGGAGAUCCCGACAAAGAGUCACUCUCAGCAGGAUCCCUCAGGUCAGCCGGUCACCAUGUCGCCCAGCGCCUAUAGCUAUGCGCCGGGUGCAGCGCUGCCUCCCAGCCACAGGCGGCCCGACGCGUCCGCACCUCUGUUCUGUGUUUCCACCGGGGCAACCAUUCCAUUCUUCACAGAGGGAGAUGUGACUCCCAUACCUACUUCCUGUUCCCUCAUUCUCCCUCCAGAGUACAGCAGCUGUGACUACCCUCAUGAGCCGCCGCCCACUUACGAGGAAAGCUGCAGUAAUGCCAACUCCAGCUUCAACAACGGACAGUAGACAGCUGGUGAAGCCCACUCGCACCUGUCUGGGGUGAAAGGCGGUGGACGGAAGCCCCAACACCCCAAAGAUUUAGUCCCGUUGUCCUCCUUGUCCUGUACUGUUUUAGAAAAAAUGGACCUUAUCUUAUAUUAAAUAUAAGAAUUUUAAUUUCAGGAUCGUGACAGACAUACUGGGUGAUCAUCACUGUGCCUAAGAGACAUCUUUUGGAUUGACACGGAGGAUGGACGGACGUGUGUCCUUCUUGGGGCGGGGGAAAAUGUUUCUUCUUUUUUUAAAAUAAUUGUUGCAUCUGUGAUGCUUAGAAAAUGUCUUCAGUCGGAAGUCUGAAGACACCCAAAGUCCUACUGCUGUGUGUGUGUGUGUGUGUGUGUCCUCUUCAUCAGCAGGACACAAUCGUCUUCACUUAAUGGGAUAGUUCAUGUUUUCUGAAGGGUGUUUGAAUGAGGUUUUGACAGAGACCCAGCCUGGGCUUAGCUUUGACUAAACAAUAUGUUCACUGUUUUAUCUCGCUGUUAGACGGCCUUUUUUUAACAAAUAAAUGUACGUUUUUGUCACUUUGUAAACCCCUCUCUCUCCCACACCAAAGCCCAUUGAGAAAAUCAGCAAAUUAAUGUCACAGCUCACAUUAGUUGUUGAUCACUGAGUUCAAAUGUGUUAUUUUGUGACUUGGGUGUUUGAAAUCCUUAUUUCAGAUUUACCCCAGUGACACAAACAUACCAAACGAGGCAGCAGUACAGCAGCAGCUCCCGUUUCCCCCUGUGAGAUAAAAAUGCUUGUUUUUGUUGGGCUUUGGUGCGGGAGAGUACACGCUUUACAAUUUUCCGUUUCCUGUUAGAAAAGACUAACGGUGAGAUAAAGCAGCACUAAUUAGACCUGUCAGGAUGGACCAGGCCCCAUAAAACUAAUUUAAAGCCCUUUGUGUAUCUUUUAGUGACCAUCUUAACAGUUCCAACCAUUGUACUUUUUAAAUCCAUCACAGAAAGGCGUUAAUGAGGAAUGUUUUCUUAUUUAUAAAUAUAUAAAAAUGACUGUGCAACCAAAAGAAAAAAAAAGAUUUAAAAUUGUUUUAUUGACCCAAAUUAACCACUUCCAAUAUUUACAUAUUGGUUUAUGUUGAAAAUAAGUUGUUUUUUUUUCUGUACCAGAUGUUGAUACAAUGUAAAAACUUAAAUUUAAAGAAGACCACGUACACUGACAUGCUCUGGUUUGGUGGUAAAUAAAUCACAUUGUUCGUACAUUCAA